AUGGGUCAUUUAAAGGGAGUUUUAUCUAACUGUGAGUAUGGCAAUUUAAGGCAGAAAUUGGAGGAGAUCUUCAAAUUGAUGCUGGUGUUGUGGUGUCGACAGUGUGAAGUGAAUAGGCUUGUUGCACCAGAACCAUGCGAAAGUGAUAAAACUGUAGUAGUACGUCGGGGCAAUGAAGAAUUUGGAUUCAGGAUCCAUGGCAGCAAACCCGUGGUUGUGUCAGCGAUCGAACCCGAUACCCCGGCGGAAUCAUCAGGUCUGGAAGUUGGGGACAUCAUCAUAUCUGUAAAUGGAAUCAAUGUUUUGGAUAAGACUCACUCGGAGGUGGUGAAAAUAGCUCAUUCCGGCUCAGAAAUUCUCGAAUUAGAUGUUGCCAGAACCUGCGAGGUGGUGGCAUCUCUUGCUCAUGAAGGUGGUCCAGCCGCGUUGUACUCCGGGUACUUGUGGCGAGCUGCACCACUAAGGCCACACCAUCCUCCCAGAUGGACGAGGAGGUGGUUCGUCUUGAAACGGGAUAAUUGCCUUUAUUACUACAAAACAGAUUCUAGCAUCCAUCCAGUAGGAGCCCUCAUGCUCGUUAACUAUCAGCUAACAGAAGAGGACGCAGGGAAACCACAUGGUUUCCGACUGCAGCGCGGUGGUGGAACCAGGUUGCAACUUGCAGCGGACACUUCAGAAGCUGCCGCGAGAUGGCGCGCUGUUCUAGCUCAUGCUAUAGAUGCCAGUGACCAGCGGGACGGCUGGCUUGAAAUGACGAUAAGAAACAUGAAAUUACCGCCAUCUUCAAUACCUCGACCAGACUGCUUCGGUUACUUGAUGAAGCUGGGGUCAAAGUGGAAAUCAUGGGCCAAACGAUACUGCGUCCUCAAGGAUGCUUGCCUCUACUUUUACAAUGAUGGGAACAGCAAGAGCGCUUUUGGAAUGGCUUGUCUUCACGGAUACCGUGUUCAAACAUGCGCAGCUGGUGGGAAAAAGUAUGCAUUUGAGGUUAUGCCCACAGAGCCAAAACAACGCCACUUUUACUUCCAUACAGAAUCCGAAAUGGAUAAGAAACGGUGGAUGGCAGCUCUAGAAUAUUCUAUAGACAGGUGGAUGAAGGCCGGUUGA